AAGCUCAUUCUGAUUUUGCCAGUGUGAACUUGAGGGUAACUGUAUACAACUUUAUAUAUCCACCAUGAACCUACAUAUACAAUGUCUUAAUACAUUGAAGUUAUCCUGAAGUUAACAGUUUUUGAAAACUAAAUGGCAGUUGGCAAUUAGAAGAAAAUAAUUAAAGGCUGUUGUCAAUUAAUGAAUAUCAAGCUGUUUAUCCAUGCCCCAUGUAAAUAUAGAAAAUAUAAUUAAGAUGUUUAAUCCUAAUUAAUAAAUAAAUAACAUCAAUAUUAAAUUGUAUGCAUAAAAAAUUAUAAUCUGGUUAUAAUUUGAUGGGCCCCAUAGUGCACUAGUAGCUUCACGACAGCUGCUACUGUCUCUUUAAAUUUACCCAGGAGCCCCUAAAGGAGCCCCAGGGGCCCCUAGCUCGGCUCUCCACCCUGAAGACAAGCAGAACAUCUAAAUACAAACCGGAGACCGCCUGAAGUCACCAUAUGACAGGUCUUUGCAGUAACUACGAUCUGAGGGCGACUCAAUACCGACACGUUAAAAGUUUUCUUAAACCAGAAAACAAAAGAGCGGUGAGCGCUUCAGUGCAGAGACAGACCCUGCAUACGCUGUAAUGGGUUAGUGCGUGUUUCAGAUAUUUAUUCAACCACCCGACGAAUGCACCUACAAACGCCUCCUGUUGGGACAUUGCUACGUACAAGAGGUGGGAAUUCUGUGCGAUAAGCUACCGUAUCACAGGUAUGGAGGAAAAUGAGUCGGCGCACAAAGCUCAGCAAACAGAACGUCGUUCUUUAGUAAUAAAAGCUGAGAAAGGGGAGGCGACACUGCAGCGGGAGAGCUUGGGGGACCUCCCAACAGGCGAAGAGGAUGUAACCAAUGGUCUCACACCUCAUGAUAUCCAAGAAAGUCAAAAUAGUUCUCUAUGCUUCCCAGGAACCAGCUACUGGUGUGUCUCAGAGAGUACAGAUUCUCCUUUGCUUCUGUCUCCUGUUCCAGGGCCAUCGAUGCAGGAUCCCCCUCCCGUAAAACACACACCUGGGAGAGACCACCGGCGCUAUUACCAUGAGUACUGGCGCAGCGAGUACCUCAUGGAUUUUGACCGGCAAAAUCAGGGGAUGAUAUGCAUGGUGUGCGGCAGCUCGUUGGCAACCCUGAAGUUGAGCACCAUCAAGAGACACAUCAGACAGAGGCACCCGUACUCUCUGCUUUGGAGUGAGUCGGAUAAAGAUGUGAUCAGGUCAGGCUGGGAGAGUCACUUGAGUCUGGAGAACAACCAGAGGCCGAUAUGCUCUGAUCCAGAGAAUGCCUCAGAAUCAGAAGAGAUGCUAAUUGUUGAUAGCCAUUCCACAGGCAAAUCUGGAAGUAAUGUUACUCCAGCUCCCCCGUCCCAGUCUGGGUUCAGCCAAGUCCCUCCCUCUCCUCUUGCUUCUUCGGCCCAGGAGCUCCCAGGUCCCACAGCUCAGGUGUUGGAGCGCUACCUGAACGACACGUUGCAUGCAUGGUUCCGUCAGGAGUUCCUCAUGGAAUACCAGGCAGAGGCAGGUCGUCUAGUAUGCAUGGUAUGCAGCUGUCUGUUGCCUUCACUCCACCUGGAUCACAUUAAGAGUCACGUGCUGGAUCUGCAUCCAAAUUCUCUACUAUACAGCGCUGAGGAAAAGCACUCCAUCUUGCAGAACUGGGCCAAGACAAACGAUUCAGAUUUUUUACAAGAUGUCAAACUGGAGCAUCAGAAUUGGGGCAACGAAGAAAGCAUAAAUGGACAAUCACAGUUUUUUCCUCUGGAAAUGGAUCCCACCCAGAAUAACUUAGGGAGUUACUCAAGAGGAGAUGAGAAUCCAUCAGAUGCUGACCAGAGACCUCAGCGUUUCCCCAGAAAGAGACGACUGAAAUACGGCAGCCCCUGGCGUCUCCGCCUGGAUUAUUUAGUGGCGUAUGGUCCUCCGGAUAAUCCAUGCUGCUACUGCAUGGUGUGUUCUGAGCAUCUCCCUGUGCCAAGGGUCAGUAACUUUCGUAAGCACAUUCAGGCGUGCCAUCCAGAAACAAGUGGCCUCAGCCGUAUUGAGAAAGAUGCUGUGAUCAGGGCUUGGACAAAAGAGGAGAAAAUCCACCCUGCUACGCCGAAGGAGGAUACCCUGCCCAGUGGAACCGCAGAUGUGAACACUGUUAUUAACGCACAAGCAUCACCUGUGAAAAUCCCAGAGCAAGGUGACAUCCAAACGGAAGACGACAAGAGCACAAAUAUUACACCCUCAACACAGACCACAGGGCGAAACAGGCACUACCCGGGUAAGGACCAGCGGCGGAAUUAUCAGGCGCACUGGCGGAUGGACUUCCUGAUGGAUUACGACUGCAGGAGGCACGGACUGAUCUGCAUGGUGUGUGGUGCUACGCUCGCUACGCUUAAGGUCAGCACUAUCAAAAGACAUGUCCUGCAGGUGCACCCCCACUCACUGUACUUCAGCCCAGAAGAAAAGCAGCUGGUCCUGCUUAGCUACAGCAAGAUCUCCCUGCAUUUACAUUCUGAUGACUGUUUUUCAGGAUCAAACCACAGCCAUAAAGAAAAUGCUAAUGUAAAUACGGGAUUAACUUCAAAUCAGAGCACUUAAUUAAAAGAAAGAGGUAGGGAUGUGUUUUUGACAUCCUGUUUUUUUGUUUCCUUCACUCAGGAAGUUUGCAGCCGCAUUUAAGAAAUGUUUGUUUUGGGAGAAUAGUUCAAGGAUAAUUAAAAGUGAAUAAAAAACCUGAAAUGCUUGAUACGUUUUGAAAGGUUUAUUUAUGCACAUCAAUCACUUUUCAUAAUGAAAUGAAGAACAACCGUGUCACAUAAGUAUAAUCUUUAAAUAGAAUUUGAAAUGCUUCCAACAGGCAAUUUUUCUGAACUGAAAUGAAGCUCUUAUAUGGCAUGAAAUAGAUGUUUGAGUCAUGCAUUUAUUUACAGAAUUUAAAGGGGACCUGUUAUGACUUUUAGGAAGUUUUGCUGUUGGCAUGUACUAGAGUAGAUGUUCAUGCUUGACUGUUCAAGAAUACUUUAUUCAUCACAUAUUUUACAUUAUUGAAGGCACAAUGGAGGUCAGCUAGUGUGUAAAAGCUGUGCAGUGUGUUUUAGAGCAUCUAACUACCAUGCUAAACUCUUAGGCUACGUUCAGAUGCAGUGGCGGCUCGUGACUCCUCAUCCGAGGGGGGCUAAUUCAAAAUAAGUGUUCGGAGUAUCAGGUGUGUGGUUCCCUUUUCCAAAAUAUGUGUCCUGCGUGUCGAGAGAUCCUGUGUGCAUCAUGUGUUUUGUCAAAAAAAGUGCCUGCUGCACACGCGUCAAAACCAUUUAUGAUAAAAGAGAUGCUCACGUUCACAAUAUACACGCAAGACACUCCCUUAACAGUAAACUCUGAUUACGCAUGAGAUUAUGCUAGUAUCUGGCAAAUGCGAUCAUCUCUUUUAUCAUAAACCCUUUAGACACGUCUGCUGCAGGCACUUAUUUUGGCAGGACACGUGAUGCACACACGAUCUCUUAAAGCGUAGAACACAUAUUUUGAAAUUACGAACCACACACAUGACGGGCUACACAUGUUGUGACGAACUUCGCAUCAUGCGCCCUCAAAAAAAAGAAGUCACCAGCCGCCACUGUAAUCAGAUGGUUGUCAAACCCGUAUUUGAGUCCUUAGGACGAUUGCAUUUAAACGCAGUUUGGUUAUUUACAGUUGUGACAACUGCAUUCUAUAAUCUCCCUCACACCUGUAUAUUUUCGGGUCUCACAACAUAAUUUACAGAAAAGCUGUGCUGUGUGAAUGGAACCCACUGGACAACUAGUUUUCUAUCACGUCAUCCGUUGCUCUCUGUGUUAAAGGAAAACACCACAGUUUUUCAAUAUUUUACUAUGUUCUUACCUCAACUUAGACGAAAUUAAUACAUACCUAUCUUUUUCAAUGCAUGCACUUAUUCUUUGUACAGCGCGUCAUGAAUGUGUUAGCAUUUAGCCUAGCCCCAUUCAUUCCUAUGGCUCCAAACAGGUAUGAAUUUAGAAGCCACCAAACACUUCCAUGGUUUCCCUAUUUAAAGACUGUUACAUGAGUAGAUACACAAAUAAGUAUGGUGGCACAAAAUAAAACGUGGUAAUUUUUAAGCGGAUAAAAAAUGAGAACUAUAUUGUAUUGUGGAAGAGCAUUUAGUUUGUUAUGCUAGUUAUGCUAAUUCGCUCGUGAGGCCCUUAAGUAAAGUAUAUACAGUUUUGCUCUGCAGGUAUAACAGGAUGUUUAAUAUAAUGUUAAGUGUAUAAUAAAAGGGAUAGUUCACCCCAAAAAAAAAAAAUUUGCUGUUUAUUUACUCACCCUUUUUCUUCAGUAGAACAAAAAAAAGAUAUUUUGCAGAAACUCCUUCACGUGAUUCAUAUAAAGCAAAUCAACAGAUCUGCCACUUUGAGAGCUCAAAAAGCAGAUAUAUUCAGUACAAAAGUAAUCCCCAUGGCUCCUGGUGACAUAUUGAUGUCUUGUGAGUCAAUAAAUGGAAUGGUAAAUGGACUGCAUUUAUAUAGCGCUUUUAACAGACCUAUGGCCAUCCAAAGCGCUGUACAUGUUGCCUCACAUUCACCCAUUCAUACACUGACGGCGGUGUCAGCCAUGCAAGGCGCCAUCCAGCUCGUCGGGAUCGAACCACCAACCUUGCGGUUUGUAGACAACCUACAUGAACCACUGAGCCACUGCCGCCACAAUAUGAAAUUUAACUUUAUUUACAACGUUAUUAGCGUUAAUGCAGGACCCCAUGUGGGAUUACUUUUGUAUUAGAUAUAUCUGCUUUGGUAAAACGUGCAGUUGCUGACAUAUAUAGAGUUGUAUAUAUACAGUGGUGUGAACAAUGUUUGUCCCCUUCCUGAAUUGUUAUUAUUAUUAUUAUUUGUAUGUUUGUCAAACUUUAAUAUUUCAGAUCAUGAAACAAAUUCAAAUAUUAAUUUAAGAUAACACAAGUAAACACAACAUGCAGUUUUUAAAUUAUAAGUGCACUUUUAAUCUUUGUACCGCUCCUCGUGAAUGUGUUAGCAUUUAGCCUAGCCCCAUUCAUUCCUAUUCAAACAGGGAUGAAUUUAGAAGCCAGCAAACACUUCCAUGUUUUCACUAUUUAAAGACUGUUACAUGAGUAGUUACAUGAGUAAGUAUGAUGGCACAAAAUAAAACUUUUGUUUGGAGCCAGAAUUAGGGUGACCAUACGUGACAUUCUUCCCGGACGCGUCCUGGCCAGGAUUUUGGUGCGUCUUCCGGAAGUCGUAUUUGUUGACAGCAUACGCCAUUCAGUUAAAAACAUAAGACAUACAAUCGUAGUUUCAUUCUUACCUUAAAAUGUAAUGGUUGCUUUUCUGUAAUAAUAAUAAUAAUCAUCUAUGACGUAUGCGGUCGAAAAUUACGACUUCCGGAAGGCGAACCCGAAAUCCUGGCCAGGAUGCGUCCGGGAAGAAUGGCACGUAUGGUCACCCUAGCCAGAAUGAAUGGGGCUAGGCUAAAUGCUAAUGCAUUCAAGAAGCGCUGUACAACGAUUAAAAGUGCACGCACUGAAAAAAAGAUAGCUAUGUAUUAAUUCAUCUAAGUUGAAGUAAGAACAUAGAAAAAAUUGAAAAACGGUGGUGUUUUUCUUUAAGGUCAGUGUUCAUGACUCCACCAUAAGAAAGAGACCAAAACGAAAACCGCUGCUGAGCAAAAUUAAAAAAUCCCCAAGACUUUUGGAAAAAUACUCUGUGUACUGAUGUGUGUCCCAUUACAUCUGGAGUAAAAGUAACAACAUUUCAGAAAAAGAACAUUAUACCAAUAGUAAAAUAUGGUGGUGGUAGUAUGAUGGUCUGGGGCUGUUUUGCUGCUUCAGGACCUGGAAGACUCGCUGUGAUAAAUGGAACCAUGAAUUCUGCUGUUUACCAUAAAAUCUUGAUGAACAAUGUCUAUUUGUUUGUGACCUCAAGCUGAAGCUAACUUGGGUUCUGCAGCAGGACAAUGAUCCAAAACACACCAGCAUGUCCACCUCUGAAUGGCUAAAUAAAAACAAAAUGAAGACUUUGGAGUCGCCUAGUCAAAGUCCUGACCUCAAUCCUAUUCAGAUGCUGACCGGUUCAUGCUCGAAAACCCUCCAAUGUGGCUGAAUUAUAAAAAAAAUUUGCAAAGAUGAGUGGGCCAAAAUUUCUCCACAGCACUGUAACAGACUCAUUGCAUUAUCCCAAAUGCUUGAUUGCAGUUGUUGCUGCUAAGGGGGGCCCAACCAGUUAUUAACUUUAGGGAGCAAGCACUUUUUCACACAGGGCCAUGUGGGUUUAGAUUUUGUUUUCCCUUCAUAAUAAAAACCUUUAUUUAAAAACUC